UUUUACGUAAUGCUAUUCAUCUCCACUGGAGUGAAUAGCAGCGACAUGGAAAGUGAUUGUCUGCAUAGUUGGCAGACAAUUCACUUUCUCUCUCUUCUACUAUGCCUUCCACUCUCUCUCUCUCCCCCCUCCCCACCCCCAGCAGUGAGCAAGGAUCGCUCCACCGCCGUCGCCGUCAGCCCCGCCACCGCUGCUCGCACCGCCGUCGCCCAAGGAUGGCGCCACCGUCGUCUCCCGCAGUCUCCCCAGCCAACGCCGCGAGCACCGCCCGCCGUCGCCCCCCUCGCUCGCAUCGCCGUCGUCCCUCCCUCCGCCGCUCGCACAGCCGUCUCCCCCACCACAGGCCACAGACCACAAGGUCGCCCCCCCACCCCGUUGUCGUCCCCACCACUGGCCACAGAAACCACACGGCCAUGGACAAAUCUUGUAUUUGCAGUGAGUUGAUGUGGGUAUUUGCAAUGGGUGAUCUUUAUGUUUCUUUCUUUCUUUGGAGGUUUUAUCUUGUAUUUGCAGUGAGUUGAUGUGGGUAUUUCUUCAUUUUAACUACAGUUAAAAGCCCCCAUCUCCGUGUAACGAAAUUCAAUAAUCCCAAAUCAUCCCAAUUUGUUUCAUGUUAAUCUGCUCCCCUGGAUCAAAUUACGGUAUUCAUGAAUUUUUUAGACUAAAUUUGUGGGAUAACUUAGUUUUUAAAGAUCUUUGAUGAAGAUCACCUGAUAGGGUGUUAUUCCUUUUUAAAUCAAUUUUGGAGAAAAAUUCAAAGUUUUACCAGGGGCUAGGCUAAAUAAUCCAUAAAUCAGAAUCUAAUUCGGAGGAAAUAAAUGGCCAUGCACACUGCAUAUCUUAAAGAGAGAGUGGAAGGGAGAGAGAGAGAGAAUGGGUAAGCUUGGGGGGCUGUGGGGGAGAGAGAGAGAGAGGGGGUAAGUUCGGGCGGCUGGGGGGAGAGAGGGAGAGUGGAAGGCAUAGUGGAAGAGAGAGAGUGAAUUGUCUGCCAACUAUGCAGACAAUGGCAGACAAUUCACUUUCCAUGUCACUGCUGUUCAUCUCCAGUGGAGAUGAAUAGGAUUACUCUUUCUUUUUUGUCUUUGCACAUCCAAAGUUAGCUCUGUCAAGCGUUGCUUUCCAAUUCCGCAGAUUGUCGCUUUAACGCGGAAGGAAGCAUCUUUACUAUUGCCAAACAGCAUCUCUUUCCUCUGGAAUGGAGCUUCGUCGUCUCCCCUGCAUGCUGUGGUGGAUCUGAGAUCCAAAAGCUUUGGUUGAAGAUUAGCUGCUUCCUCUCAUUUCAGACGAGGUAUAUAUUCAUCUGUUCCUUAAUUCUCUCUCUCUCUCUCUCUCUCUCUCUCUCUGCAUAUAUAUUUUGAUGAUUAACUUGCUGAGUAGCAACACCAUGGGUUAACAGUUUGUUCAUCUGUCUCUGUAAUCGGAUUCGGAGGAGACACAAAAGCAAGAACGGGUGAGUUUCUCUUUCUCUCUCUUUCUUUUUUGUUUCUUUCAUUGGCAGUUGAAUCAAGAAAUGAAUUCGAAUGGAACCAACCUAAAUAGAAUAAAGAAAGAAAGAAAGAAGAAUAUUGUUUGGAUUUUCUUCUUCUUCUUAAUCUCCACACACACACACACACACACAUAUAGCUACCUCUUUGAAAUCUCAUUUCACAGGACGGGAGGAAUUUGAUUUUGACAAACAUCAUGGAUGCAUGUGUGGGGAAGAUUCUCAGUUUUCUCGCAGAACCCGUGAUUAGGCAUGUGUGGGCUUAUGUCAUUCAAUACAAGAACGAGGUCCAGCUACUCGAACAAGAAAAUAAGAGGCUCUGUGAAAAAAAGGAGAGAAUCCGGGGAAUGGUGGAAACAGCCAAAAACAAUGGGAAACCCGUUGAACCUGAGGUCUCCAGUUGGCUAAAGGACGCAGAAGGCAUGGAACGAGACAUCGCCAACUUCCUGGGUCAACAACAAAACAGAGAAUCUUUCAAUUUAAUGUGGCGUCACAAGAGAGGUAUGGAAGCUGACACGAGGAAGUCGAACGUCAUUGAACAUGUAAGUAAGGGUGACCGGCUAGAGAAGUCGCCAGUGGCACGCGAUGCACCUUUCCAGUGGGAGCCUCAAUUUGAUUCUUCUCAGUAUUACACCAUGUUUGGAUCGAGAGCUUUGGUUUUUGCCAAUGUCAUAGAGUCUUUGAAGGAUUCUAGGGUUAAAUUGAUUGGGGUCCAUGGGCCUGGUGGUGCUGGGAAGACGACGAUGGUGAAAGAGGUUGCGAAAGAAGCUAAGAAUCUAGGAAUUUUUGAUAAGAUUGUGAUAGCAGUUGUGUCAAAAGAUCCAAACACCUCAAAAGUACAAAAGGAGCUUGCACCCCAAUUGGAUCUCAAGUUUGUAGAAAAAAGUGACUCGGGAAGAGCGGAUGAGUUACGAAAGACAUUGUUAAACGGGAAGAAGAUAUUGGUAAUAUUGGAUGACCUUUGGCAAGGACUAGAGUUGAAUACAAUUGGAAUUCCUAUUUCGGGCCCUAGCCACAACAAUUGCAAAAUUUUGCUAACUUCGCGUAGAGAAGAGGUCUUCAAAGUGAUGGGCGUUCGUCCAUAUUUUUCCAUUGGGUACUUGGAGGAGAACGAAGCAUGGGAGUUAUUUACAAAGGUGACAGGAGAUUUUCGAGUCAAUGAAUCGAUAGCAAGAAAGGUAAGCGAGAGAUGUGGAGGUCUGCCCAUUGCUAUAGUUGCAGUUGGAGCUGCAUUAAGGGAUGAGGAAGAGUUUGAGUGGCACAAUGCACUUCACAAAUUAAAGAAUUCCCCCCUAAAAUACAUUGAAGGAAUUGAUCCAAUGGGUUAUACCCCCUUGAAGUGGAGCUAUGAGUUUCUAAAAGAAGAGGAUGCAAGGUCGUGCUUCUUGCUCUGCUGUUUGUUCCCCGAAGAUGCUGAGAUUGAUAUUGAUGACUUGGUUAGAUAUAGCUUUGCCUUGGGGUUCCUUAGAAAGGUGGAUACGCUGAAAGAUGUAAGAAAUAUAGUACAAGCCAUGGUUAAUAAGCUGAAAAAGUCCUGCUUGUUGCUAAAUGGAGUACAUGAGAAUUUUGUUAAAAUGCAUGACGUUAUUCGUGACCUUGCAAUUUCUAUCACAGAGGAGAAGCAAACAGAACAGGGAGGUGGUCGUGAUUGGCCAGGGCAACAACAGUUCAUUGUAGAUCACGAUAUUCAAAAGUGGCCAGAGAACGACGCCUGGAAACAUCAAACUGCAAUCUCAUUGAGGAUCAAUGAUAACAUUCAUUUUCCUUGCGGUGUGCUCCAUUGUCCAUUAAUGCAUACCCUUGUGUUGAAGCCUGGAAAAUCUUCAGAUGAAAUUCCAUUCUUUCCUGGAAUAUCUUCACAUAAAAUUCCAAAUGAUUUCUUUCAAGGCAUGAAGGGGGCAAGAGUUUUAGAUUUGGAAGGCAUGCUGUUGGACCUCCCAUCACUGGUUUUGGAGUUGGAUCAUCUUCGGAUGUUAUGUCUAAAUAAUUGCAAAUUAUUGGGAGGCCCGGCUAUAAUUCAAAAGCUAAAGAAUCACAUUGAGAUACUUAGUUUUAAGGGAUAUGCGAUAGAGGAGUUGCCACAAGAGAUUGGAGAAUUGACUCGUUUGCGGUGCUUGGAUCUAAGAACAUGCUUAUGGCUAGAGGUGAUUCCAAAGGGUGUGAUAGUCAAUUUGAUCCAUCUAGAAGAGUUGUAUGUUACAAAAAACUUUAAUGAAUGGGAUACCAUUGUACAUGGUGGGAGAAUGAGUAAUGCAAGCAUUGCUGAGUUGAAAUUAUUGACUCAAUUAACAGUUUUACAUGUUGGUAUUUCAGAAAAAAGUUCCCGAAUUAUGGUGCAAGAAUGCCUUGACUUGUUUAAGAAAUUGAUUAAUUUUUCCAUAAUUAUAGGUGGUGGCAACAAUUUUAGUGACAAAACCCUGAAUGUGUUGGAAUUUAGUUGUAUUCACCAUAUAGAAGAUGGAUUUCGUCAUUUGAUGGACAAAGUUGGUGUGUUGAGGUUGUCCAAUAUUCAAGACUCGAGAUAUCUACCACAACUACACAAUACACCAAGUGGUGGGAGAUCUUUUAGUAAAUUAAUCAAUUUAGAUAUUAUUGGAUGUGAUAGCAUUAAAUAUCUCUUUUUGCCAUCCUGCGCCAGAGCCCUCCGACAACUCCAAAGACUAGAAGUACAGGAUUGUAGCAAAAUGGAACAUAUAAUUGGAGUUGGAGAUUAUUAUCAUGAAGAGGAAGUUGUAAUUGAUGAAGCAAUUGUUUUCAAUCAGUUGACAAAGAUACAUUUGAAAGGACUUCUACAAUUUAGAAGCUUCUGCGCCAAAAUGGAGAAGACAACAAUUAAGGGAAACCAUUCAAAUUGGAUUACAACAGCAAAAUCUGUUUUUAAUGAAAAGGAAUUGAUUAUUGAUGGGUUAUCAGUGGAAGAUAUUUGGAACAAGCAAACGAUCAAAUCUCCAAAAGAAUCAAAUCAAGUAUCUUUUUCUCAGCUGGAGGAGAUGAACAUAUUCUAUUGUGAUAAUCUGGUAAAUGUGUUCCCUUCAAAUAUGCUUCCACGAUUUCAAAAUUUGAAGAGAUUACAGGUUUUGGGCUGUUCUUCUUUGACAUCGUUAGUUGAAGACCUUAACUCUAACAUCCAAAGUCCUACAGUUAAAUUUAAAUUCAUUGAUGUGUUCCCAAAGUUGGAAUUUCUUCGGCUACUUAAUCUGUCCAAGUUGAUGAAAAUAUGGCUCAAUGAUGAGGAGUACUGCCCCUAUGAUAAUUCUGCCCAGUUAUACCUAAAAACUAUUUCAAUUAUAUGUUGUGAUAGUUUGAGAAAUGUAUUUUCAGCUUUUGUUGCUAGACAUCUUGCGUGCAUCGAAGAUUUAAAAGUAAAAAAAUGUCCUAGAAUGGAAGUGAUAGUGUCAAAGGCAAAGGGAGAAGGAGUGACUGAUGAUGAAACAUGUCCUGGAACGGAAGUGAUAGUGUCAGAGGCAAAGGGAGGAGGAGUGACCAAUGACGGUAUUAUUAAGUUUUGCCAAUUAAAAGGUUUGGAGCUUUAUGAUUUGCCGAAUCUCAAAAGUUUUUAUCAGUUCAAAUAUGAAGCAUCACAUUUAUUUAAUCACCAGAAUUGUCAGGGGUUCAAACAUGUUAUUGACCUCAAUGGCACAAUAAGCAUUGGUGAAGAGCAGCUUGCUGAUGGGAAAAUGUUAAAGCUUUAUAAGUUACCUAGUUGGUGCCUUAUGUGGAACAAGAAUUUUCAUGAAAUCAGGGACAUUCAAAGCUUAACACAUAUACAUAUCGUAAAGUGUCUCCAACUAAGAAGUUUGUUUACCUAUUCUGUGGCCACGACUCUUCAACACUUAGAAAAGCUAUCAGUGAUAUCUUGUGAAAUGAUGGAAGAGAUUAUUAUUAUUGAAGAGAAGAAUAUUAAUUUUGCAAGGGAAGAGAAGACAACUUGCCAUAUUGAAUUUCCACGAUUAAAAGAGUUGGCUUUCCGUAACCUACCAAACCUGAAAAACAUUUGCAAUGAUGAAAGCAGGUCAUUUAGUUUUCCAUCAUCGUGCAAAGUUAAAAUAUGGAAUUGUCCAAAGAUGAAGACCUUUGCUUCUGGACAAAUUUGCUUGCCACCGGGGAAGAUAAAAGCCACAGUAGAAGAUCAAGAGAUGGAAAUCAGGAUGAGGAUAGCAACCACAUGAAGGAACCCAUACGUUGGCCAGAGUAUGUGAAGUCAGUAGUGAAAUGAUUCUGAUGAUGAAAGAUUUUUAACUUGUAAAGAAGUAUGUGAAGUCACCAAUGUAUAUACAAGCACAUCUAAGAAAAUAUAUCUAAAGUUUGGCUUUUUUUAACAAA